CAUAGGGCUUGAGUUAGGACCACUGGACCUUCCCUGUCUACAGGUACGCUCGGACAGACAAUCAUCAUGGUGUUCAAAAUUGAUAAACGUCGAGUAUACUCGGGGAACACUCUCAGAGCGUCCAAUUCAAGGUACAAUCGUCAAUACAGACGACAGUCAUGCUUGGUGCGACGAUCGCAGAACGUUACCAACGUAACCGGAAUAUUUAAAGAGCUUGGGUUGGACAGAGAUGACGUCGUGUAUUCUUUCAAUAAAAAGGGGAGGUGGCUGAUACCACAGAUACUUAAGCAGGAAAUUCUCACCGACAGCAAAGACCUCGGCGAUGUCAAGGUGGAUUUAGUCGAAUCCCAUAAGUUGAAGAAGCAAGGGAAAUGCACCGGAUUCCAUUCUAACAAGGGAUUUUUACAAAAAGCGGUACCAAAGAAAACGUACUUCAAUGUGGCAAGUUUGCAAGGUCCAAAAAAGGAAGAAGCUAUUCCUAGCGCUACACCUCACAUGACGAUCAAUAUUAUGUACCCCUGCCCUGCCACGAGUUCCAUUGCCCACAAUCCUAAGUACAUCCGGUAUGAAGACUAACCUACCGAUGGGCUAGAUGAAGAUGAUAUUGACAGAACGCAACAAAGCAGUCCGAUCAAGAGCAAAUCGAGGAAACAGAGGAGGAAAAUUGGAACAAAACAAUGGGUCGACAACUAUUUGGACGAAAUAGAGCACUAUGAUGACGAGGAUUAUGAAAUCGAUUCUACUGAAAAUGUCCGUGAGCCAUCCAAGUCUGUAUCCGUCGAAGAUAUCCUGGUUCAUUCAAGACGAAUUGAAAGUAUUCUGUCUGGAGGAGCGAAGGUAUCGAAGUAUCCAGCAACUAGACGAGAAACAAAAGACAGGGUUAUUUACAUAAACAGGCAAGACGAGGAAGAAAAAGCGG